CCGCACCCGUCACAUGUACGCCACGCACGGCGGAGGGGAGAGCCGGCGGGUUUGUCGGGUCACGUGACCCCACUCUCUCCCCUCAGCCGGUUUUGGCGGGCGGUACGGUGGCCGGGAGGGUUUCCUAGGCAACCGCACCGCGCCAUCAGCCAGAGAAGCGGCCCUGGCCUAAAGGAGGCUGGGGUGGGUCAGUUUUUAAACUCGGUUGUUUGGAAGGUGACAUCCAGCUGCAGAUUAUGGCGUGUCGAUUUUCAAAGGAAGAAUUAGAUGAGCAGUUUGAAGAGUUUCUGAAAGAGUCUCUUUCAGAUGAUUCACUUGGAAAUUCAAAGAAAAAACCCAGCAUUCUUGAGUCAUUGGGACAGCCCAGGAAAAAAGAAACAAAGAAAAAGGGUUCAGUGCCGUGGUGGAUGUCUGAAGAAGAUUUGGAUGAUGGUGAAAUGCUUGGAGCCAAUAGAAGCUUUGUGAAGAUACAGAACACUUCGCAGCUUGUGGGGGAAGCUGAUGACAGUAUGCAUGUGGAAAAGAUGCAGCUUGAGAAAAGUAAUGAGGUUGCUGUCUCCUCAAGUAGAGACAGCCUGGAGACAAAUGAUUCAGUUUUAGCUUCUGGGCUUAACCAAAGCAUCGUGGGACUUGGACUGGAUACUUUGGAAGAAGAAGAAGAAAAAGAGAUCUUCUUUGCCCAACUUGAACGUGAAGCUUCCUCAGCUGUUGAUUAUUCAAAACUGAAUAAAGAGCUGGAUUCCAAUGAUUCUGUAUUACUAGCACCAUUUGUACGAAAUGAAAAAACUGAAAGAGAAGAGGAAUCUGCACAUGAAGAGAAAUCUGGAAGCUACAGUGAAGAUUUUGAAGAAGAAGCAGAUACUAAUUCUGCUGCUAAAACUGAGGGAAGUCAGGAGGAUCAAAACAUCAUGCCAGGAGUUGAUAUAAAUCCUCAAGAACAGGAAGAAGCAAACACUGGCAUGCUGGCUAAAGUUGUAUUACUUGAUUCACAAGAUUCAACUCCAGAACUUCAGAAGGCUGUUGAAACAUCAGAUGUAGCUCCAGAUGAACAUUACCUGCCUGAAGUCAGUGGAACUGCAGUGAAUGAAGCAGGCACUUCCUAUGAACAAACUGCUAGUGACAUAGAAGCAUUACACCAAGCUUACCAUCACAUUGAUCAGUCUUUGGGUGACACUGAUGAACAGAAAUUGCAUAAUUCUGCAAUGGUGAUCUCAGAAUGCCUCGUACAAGAUGUUUCACAAAAUAAUGACAUCUAUUCAAAAAACAUGUCAACUAUUGAAUCAGAUUUACCUACAAUGGAUGAAUUGAUGAAACCAAUUAAAGGACAUUCAUGUGAUAUCAGAAGUAUUGAUGUGGAGCUUGACAGUCCUGUGAAACUGGUAGACAGCACUGCAAAUGACCUUAUCAGCCACUCACCCUUUGAAGAGCACCAGAAUAAUAUAGUUUGGGAGACAAACUUACUUGACAAAUUUAACAGAGAAAAGAGCAACUUUCUGCAGACAUCUGUGAAUGACUGUAACUUCCAGAGAGUGACUGAGAGAGAAAUUCAGACCAAUGAAGUACAGCCUGACAUACUAAGAGAAAAAAUAGUACAAGACUCUUUGCUUUCACAAGACAGCAAAACUGAACAAGCUCUCCCACCUUAUUCCUUUAAGAAUGAAAGAUCAGAAUCAAUGACCACUAAACCAAUGUUACCCAAGAAUAUCAGAAGUCCAGCAUCUUUACAUAAAAAGAAAUCUUCAUAUGGUCCCCAUGGGGUGGUUAGAAGUUCUGGGUAUGGGAAACCCACUUCACUCCCAAAACAGUCUUAUCCAGUUCAUGAAAAGAAAACACCAAAAGAAACUUUCAAAAAGACCAAUGUGAAAGCCAAAAGUCCUGGAGAUAGAGGAAGAUCUAAAGAAACCUUAUUUGCUACAAGGAUAACAAGAUCUGCAACAAAUGAACCAACUUCUAAGGGGAAUAUUAGCAGAGUUAUGUCUGGCCAAUCAGAUGUUAAUAAUCUUGGACACCAUGCUGGGGAUUAUUCCAGGCAGUAUCAGCAUGAUUUAUCAAUUUCUCCUGUCAGAAGUUGUGAUAGAGAACUGUAUUUGCUAAAACGAGUGCAAGUUGCAGAAGAUGACCUGAGUGCAGCUCGUGAUUUGAUUCACCAGCUAACCAGCAUGGUUUCAGAAAAAGAGAAAGAAAUGGAGACAAAGAUAGAAGAACUGAAAACACAGCAUGGAAAAGAGCUCUCUCGGUUGGGUCAGGAAAACUAUGUUCUUCAGAGUAAGUUAAGAAGCAUGGAAGAGCAGACUAAAGAAAAGAAAUGGACCCAUCAUACAGAAACAGUUCCUGUCACUGAAGAAAAACUGGCACAGAUACGAAAAGAAAUUGAAGAUCAAGAGGUCAUUAUUCAAGGUUAUCAACAGGAAAAUGAAAGGUUGUACAAACAAACGAAAGAGCUACAGAUCCAAAACAAAAAAAAUGAGGAACGAAUGUUUAAGGAAAAUCAGUGCUUAAUGUCUGAAUUAGUAGCCAUAAGAGAAAAGAUAGAGAAGACUAACAAUAUCCAGUCAUCGAUUGUGCAGGAUUCUGAAGCAGCCAGAAAUCAGAGUUUCACAGAAUUGAUUUCAGAACUUCGAGCAGCACGGAAGGAAGAAAAUAAAUUACAAGAAGAGAUAAAACGUCUCAAACAAGAUAAACAAGCUCUGGAGGUAGACUUGGGACAAGCAAAGAAGGAGAGAGAUUUAGCAAAAGUCCAGAUUGCAAUCGCAACAGGUGAGAAGUCUUAUGAAUAUAAAGUUAUGGAAGAAUCAUAUAAACAGGAAAUCACUAAUUUAAAAAGACGACUUCAGUGGUAUGCAGAAAAUCAAGAUCUUCUGGAUAAAGAUGCAGCCCGUCUUAAAGAUGCAAGGGAAGAAAUUGAGAAACUAAAACUAGAGGUAGAGAAGCUGAGAACUGAAGCUGGAGAUCAAUGUGUGCAACAGAAGAAACGUUUGCGAGACAGAGCAGCAGAUGCUAAAAGAAUUCAGGAUCUUGAGCGACAGAUCAGAGAAAUGGAAGGAAUUCUAAAAAGAAGGUAUCCAAAUUCCCUGCCUGCUUUGAUUUAUGCUGCUGCUGCUGCAGAGAAAAAUAAUGAUCUUUCAGCUAAAACAAACACAGUUGAUUUUUUGGAAAGAAGAAUUAAAAAGUUAGAAACAGAACUCGAGGGUAAAGAUGAUGAAGCUAAAAAAAGUCUCCGUGCCAUGGAACAACAAUUUCAAAAAAUAAAGAUACAGUAUGAGCAAAGACUUGCAGAGCUUGAACAACUACUUGCUUACAAAUUUAUGAGUGAAUCACCAGAAGUGAAUGGUGGUAAAGCCAUUUCAACAGAACUUGAACAAGAGCUUCAGAAUCUCAGGAAGACCCAUCAGAUCACCGUUAAAAACCUCCAGACAGAAAUUGAAAACCUUAAAAGUCAGAAUUCCCAAUUAAAACUCAGAAAUAAAAAGGAUAAUAAAGACAUGGAGGCCAAAGACACUGAGGUGAAACAAGCUAACACAAAAGACAGACUGCUGAAGCUAAAUGAAGAACUGGUCACCAAAAAUAAAGAAAUACAAGACCUUACAAAAACUGUAGAGAAACUUCAAAAAGAAAGGAUGGUGAUGUUGUCAGAUGAUAAUUUGAGAAACAGAAAUGAUAAUAAGGAAAACUCAACAGAGAUCCUGAAAAAGAAUACCUCAGAUGAAAGGAAUUCCAGCAACAGUGAACCCUUUCGAAGCAUUAUCAACAAUGACAAAAUAUACCAGCCAUGUGCCUUUUCUGAUUCUAAUCUCUCAGAAGUUCUGCAAGAAAAUGCACAGCUGAAAGAAGAACUAGAAAGAUUGUCUCUAGAAAUGAACCAGCAGAGGGUAAAGUCUCAAGCAGCAAUGGCUUAUUCCGAAAAUAACAUACGAAGGAUACAGGAAGACACAGCAGAAUACAUUGCAUCUUUGAAAGCUUCCCAUCAGAGGGAAGUGGAGAGGAUCAUUUGCCAGCAUGCAAAGGAGCAUUCUGUUUCUAAAGUAGCUGAACUAAACAACAGAAUUUCAGCACAAGAGAUAUUAAUAAAACAUCUCCAAGAACAGAUCAGUGAACAACAGACACGGCAGGAAGCCCUUCUAUUGUCACAAAUGAGAGAGGAACUUCUACAAAAAGAGGUGACAAAAUUGUUGGAAGAACUCAGAGAGGCUAAGGAGAGCCAGAGCCCUGAAAUGAAGCAUUUCUUGUGUCUGGAGAAGAAAAUCAAGCAUAUAGAAACCAGACAUGCAGAAAGAGAGCAAGAAAUUCAAAAGGCAGCCCAACUCCCGCAGGCUCUGAGCGAGGGGAGGCAGAGUCAGGAGGCUGAGAAGUGGCGCAGGCUGGCGCAGCGCAAGAACCGGGAACUCGAGAGGUUCCGGGUGGAACUGGAUUCGAUACUGGAUGUUCUACGGGAGCUGCAGAAACAAGGGGUUGUUAUCCCUGCACCUGAUCCCAGGGGAUGCAGCGUGACAGGCGGCUGCUGGAAGACCUGAUUAGGUAGGAGUUGGUUAGAGAGAAAGGGGUUUAUUACUCAAAGUUAUAUAAAUAAAAUAUUAUUAAAAAUCAUGGAUAUAACACUGGUAAAUUGGGUUCCAUUCUGCUCUUAUCUGGAACCUACCCUUGUCCAAGGGUAUAUUUGCACUGAGCAAAUUACACCCCAAUCA